GGACUAUUCUUUAAUAUAACCACUAGGUUAGAGUGUGUCUGUUAGUAAUAUUCUAUUUUUUCUGAAUUGUAUUUAAAUUUAAAGCAACAAAAUUGAUAGGAUAAAAAAGUAGACCACAGGUUUCAUAUCAAAAACAUUUUAUGCUUCAUGUUUCAGUUUACAAUGAAUACAUAGGUUUGAGUUAAUCCCCUUUUUCACACAGAAGAUCAUGUUCACAGGUUCAGCCUGAGAACAGGGACUUCCCCUUGACAACAACUAUUACACAGGCUCACACCUUUUAUGAUUUUAUGAAUGAAAACUGGCAGUGAUUCCAAAAAUAAAAGAUGCAUUUAAAAAAAUGGAAAGAAAACUCUCGCAUUUCUUUAAAUAAAUUUAUUUAGUUUGUUUUGUAAAAAAACAACAACUUUGAUUUCUGUUCACAUUAAGCCGCACAUUUAUUUCAUAUUUACGACAUUAUAAAAACAUGAAAAUACCAUAAUUAACCUGCCAAUGUUCAUAUUUUAAUAUCAGAAAAUGCAGGUGAUGUAUUUCUUACAGUCAUUCUAUGCUUGAAAGUCAUUAUGAAUUUAGAAAACUAUGUAAUACAUCUGUUGGGAAUAUUUAUUACUUCAGUUUCUGUAAUCACAUUCAUAUUAUCCAUCACAAAAGGCAACAAUUUUCAAAACAAUAACACUGAUUUAAAUCAUAGAUGUAUGACAUCAAACUGUCAAAUGUGUGUAGUAUGUACUGUAGUAAAACCACUAAAGAUUUCCCACACAUGUAGCAUUAGGUUCAGACUGGAAAGUGAAAUAGGUGAGUCCUGUUAUAAAGCUGCAGGUCUGCUCCAUCAGUUCAUCACAAUCAGACACCUGAACUAACUCCAUAAAGAAACUACUUCUACUCUUUCCAAAAUGAUCAGCAGGGUCUUGUUGGUUUGCCUCUUCCUGGGUGUGUGCAGUGGCGUCUCCACUCUGAGCUGCAGAUGGUUGGACCAUAAAUUCAAAGUGUUCAGUGAAAACUCUCUGAAACUUUUUCAAAGUUUGACUAAUAACUCCACCAACACCACAGAGGAUGCUGCCCUGGAGGAGACUGUGGCCUUUCCUGAUGAUCUCUACAGUCAGGCAGAUAAAGAUUCAGCGGAGGUUAAACUUGGUUUCACAGCUCAGGUUCUGGAGGAGAUGGUUGAUCUGCUGCAUGAGGAUCACAGCGCGACAUCAUGGGAAGAGAGAACACUGAAGAACUUCUUCAAUCUUGUGUCACAGCAGAUUAACCACCUCCGCUCCUGUAUUGGUGAACACAGCCACAAGAAGAAGAACAAGAAGCUGCAGCUGUAUUUCAAGAGACUUUCAUGCCACAUCCUAGAAAGACAGGGCCACAGCGCUGAAGCCUGGGAGCUGGUCAGAACAGAAAUGGAAUAUCAUCUCACCAGAGCAGAUCUUCUGGUCUCAUCUCUACUUGACUAAAACCUGUUGAUGUAAUAUUUAUUUAUCUAUUUAUCUAUUUAUCUAUUUAUUCAACUAUGGCCCAAAUAAAGUAAUUAUUUUUACAUGUGUAAUGGAAUCUAUUAAAGAUGAUUUUUCAUUUACCAAACCCAACAUUUGUCUGUCUCACUGUCUCUCUUUUAAACGUGCUGUAUCAACAGGGGUGACUAAAAUAUAAGUAGCCUACAGCGCCACUCGUGGUCCGGGGGUUGGAUUGGUUUUACUAUAUUUAUUUCAGGAAACUGACUGUAGAGAAAGUCGAAAGUCUGUGACCUGUGACACAAAAGUCCACAAUAUUUCUGAGCUCCCCCUAAAUGUCUCCAAUUAGGUUUUAGCUGCCCUAUAAUUUGAACUCUGGUUUAUGGUGAGAUUUGUUAGGUUAGUUGGGAUUCUGAAGUUAGUUGGUACCAAAGGAGCAUCCGACAGAUGUUUAUUUAUUUGUUUAUUCAUUUCUUUGUUUUAUUCUACAUCUAAAGGUGUUACAUGUUUUAGUUAUAUUGUUUUAUAUUGUUUUAAACAAUAUUGCAUCAAAAACAUGCAUCUGCUUCCCAGUGAAGACCCAUUUCAACCCAGAGACUAAAAUUCCUUCUUCAUAUUAUAACAAAAGCUAAAUCUGCUAAAGAACAUCACACAAACGGAUUUGUUUCCAAGAACACAAAAUCAGUCAAGUAAAAAAAAGUAGCUUCAACAAAAAAG